CAUGGCUUGCGUACUGAGCUGGAGAUUGGCAAGCGCAUGGAUCUGCGCGGCAUGGAGGAAUGGAACGCCAUAGCUGAGCAAAUCAAGUUGAUUGAGUUGCGACAAGAGCUGCUGCAGUGGGGAGAAAACGCCGAGCGCAUUCUUGAGAACAAGAACGAUCGCAUCAAUAUGCUGGUCGCCGAUCUGGCGCACACCAACGAGCAGCAUGCUCGUAAUUUUGGCCGCACCGUGGAGCUGAUCGAUCACAUCGGCGAGUGCUACCACGCCAUGCUGGAGUGCAACAAGCACAUGUACGAGCAGCAGGCGGAGGAUCUGCUCAAGGAGUUCUACGACGAGGUGCACCUGCGCACYGAGGAGGUGGACGCGAUGCACCAGAACAGCGAGAAUAUCAUCCACGCCUCGAACCUCUACACGCGCGAUCAGCUCAAGGAGGACUACCAGAUCUACCAGGAGCAGCGCGACGACUACGUGAACAAGAACAUCGCACGUCGCUUCGAUAUACGCGACCAGGUGGUCAACAAGAUGAACCAAAUGCAGCGCCAGCUGACCGAGUUCGUCGAUGCACUCCACAGCACCGAUCUGGAUGUGCACAAAUACGAGCGCAUUCGGAUGCUCACCGAGCGCCAGCAGCAGUUCGUGGAGGACACCAAGAAGCUGAACCAGGACGAGGUGAAGUACAUCGGAAUGCUGCACGAGAUUCAGCAGGACACGCUGCGCGUCGAGACGGAGAAUAAUGCGACGAUCAACGAUCUGCGCCUGGAGUUCGAGUACUUCUCGAAUGUGCGCAAGAAGAUCGAGGAUCGCAUGCAUGCCGAUCGCAUCACAACGCACGAGAAGCUGCGCAUACUCAGCACUGAGUGCUACGAGUUGACCAAGAAAUUCGAGAAGAUCGUGAAGAGCGGCGAGCUGCUGCUCGCCCUGUCCAUCACCUGUCGCAAGCUGCAAACGGAGUCCGAGAAAAUCAUUGUGGGCGGCGAGGUGGUCGAGCCCAUCGAUGUGGGCCCGGUCGAUGACGAUUUCACGCUGCAAACGCUGGACAUUAAGAAGCACGUGGACCUAAACGAGGAGGAUCUGGUCAUGUUGAACAAGAGCCUGAAGAACUUCUGGCGCCAGCAGGCCAUGGCCCAGGCCCAGAACAUGCUGCUGCUGGAGGAGAAGCGCAAGCUGACCGAAGAGAAUCAGCGCCACAUCGACUUCAUCAAGUCCAUGAGCAAGACGGACAAUGCCGAGGAGCUGCGCGCCGCCAUGAUCGUUAGUCCGUGCAUGAAGAAGGUGCCGCUGCUCUUCGACACCCAAUGCCGUUUCCAGAAGCUGCGCAUCAAGCGCGAGUCGGCCACAGCCGGGCGGGAUGCCCAGCGGGAGGCGAUGAACACCAUCAAAUUGAUCCUGCAUACCAGCCAAUGCAGUCUGCAUAAUCCAAAGAAGACGGAGGAAAAGUGAACUAGAGCUAGAAGAUAUACAUACCUAGUAUAUUUAUAGGCAGCUUAGUAGUUGGCAAAGCUAACGAAAGAAAAACUCGAAAGUCGGGUAGCAGAAUUUAUUAGUUUUUCUUAUGUUUUUUUAAAUUGAUUGAGAUGUGACUGAAAGAUCAGUUAGAUGAGUUUAAGUAGUUAUAUAUGGAAGCAAACUUCCAUUAGAAUAUUAGACAUAUCAGACAUAUCAGACUGAAUCAAUUCACUUAUUUAAGUGAAUAUUUCAGGUGAAUUUAUAAAGUGAAUUAACAUUGGAGAUCUAGUAGAGAUAAGAGUAAAUUUUUUCUUAUCCUAGAUAUUUAUAUGCAUCAACUCGCUCAUUCAAGUGAAUAUUUUGUUAGGUGAAAAUAGAAUGAAAAUCAAGGACAGGCAGUUCAGAUAUAA